UUUAGAAUCUUCACCAAAAUAAAAUAUCUGAUCAUCACCAUACAUCUUCUGAGUUCAUGGGCGGGACAAAUACCACGUGACUAGAGUUACUAGGGAAAUGAUGGAAUAGAGUUGCCAUUAAUAAUGACGUCAGGUAGAGACAGGUCUAAUAGUGCACACUGAGUUAAUGUGGUCAAUUACGCAGAUCAUUAAAGUGAGCUCUGGAACUCAAAAUGACAUUUUGGAAAGACUGUGUCCAUUGGAAUUUAUUUUUAAAAGAAAUGAAAAACCUAUUAAUGAAAAAUGCACAUGGUAUUUAAAGUGAUAUCCGUACUUUGAAAGUCAGCAUUUCUAUCCACGAAAUACGUAACAAUCGUGCACUAAAAUGGAAUAGAUGUUGCUUUUGUGUGACUAAUCUUAGGUGAAUUUUCAUUUACAUCUGCUGAAAUGCUGUUUAAAAUGAUGAGCGUGCUUUAUCUAAAGAGAUGACGUAUUCGCCUCGUCAUGAGUUGUAUGUCUAUAUUUAGAGCCAUCACUGCGCGCCUUCUGUUUUCCAUCCAUGGGAUUAUUACAAUAUGGCGGCUGUACUUGGUAACCAAGGAUACACGGUACUGGUACCUCGCCUGUGUGUUAGGGUUUCUUCUCAUAGAGAUGACCGUUACUCUGGGAAAGAAAGGAGGAAAAGAAUGGAAAUGGUUCUGCCCUAGCUUGAUGAUCUACCUGAUGUGUGUCGUCCCCGCCAUCUGGUUCCUUGAGCUACACGAGAUGGAUCGCCGGAUCAGAGAGAAGGAAAAAACCACCACCAACAACACGGAAGUGACGUACAACGACUCCAUAGAACAGCUUAGUGCCAAUCUUGGAAGCGUCCUCGGUGUUCGUUUUGAGAUCCGGAUCCCGCUGUCCCUGACCUCGGACGAGUGGAUCCGGACUCUGGAGCAGAUCCUCCUGCUGGUGUUGAUCCUGGGUCGCUGGUUUCUCCCCAAGGGCAAACUGACGCACGACCAGCUCUCCCAGCUCCUGCUCGUCUACAUCGGAACCGCCGCCGACAUCAUCGAGUUCUUCGAGGCCUUCAAGGAGGAUCAGGUGAAAUAUAACCGGAUCCUUUGUAUCACCAUCCUGGGAAUCUGGUCUCUGAGCCUCAUCCAGUUCUCUCUGGUCCUCACCGCCUCCAGGGCACGCAGAGAUCAGUCCGGCCUCGUUAUGAAGCGCGAGUCGCCGGACUCGGAGACGAUUGGCUGCUGCUCUCCUGACGUGUACGGAAUAAUCAUCAGCAUCCUUAUGCAAGACCUUCCUUUCCUCGUUCUGCGCAUGCUCCUGAUAUUCAGGUACAGCGUACUGAGCUACACAAACAUGUUCUUCACUUCCAAGAACACCAUCGUGAUUAUCCUGCUAAUAUACAGACUCAUUGUGGUUCAGAUCGAGAAACGGAACGCAAAAAUGAAAGACAAGUACGGAUCCGCUUUCGAUGACUACAAAAACCGCGGGAAGAGGAUAAUGGAUUCCUUGUCAUUAGCCGAGAGCGCAUCUUCCGGAACCGGAAGUUCCCAUUACGGAAGCAGAGCAAAACUAAUACACAGUGUAAGUUGUCACAGCAACGGAUUCUUGGAAAGCCAGAACGUGAGAAGGACAAUUACUGAUUCUGAUAAGCAGAGACUUGCACGGACACUAACGAUGGAGAAUAUUGACACGACAAUAUGUUAGCGUGUUUUUACCGUGUUCUAGUGGACAUUUGAUCACUGGAGUGCAUGGACAAUAACGUUGGAGAAUACUGACACGACAAUAUGUUAAUGUGUUGUUACCGUGUUCCAGUGAACAUUUGAUCACUGGAGUGUCUAGUAUCAUAUUACUGGGGUGGAGUAUUACAACCAGGACAUGGUCAUUUUGGUGAACCGGAGCUCGUGGAGUGAAAUUGUAAAGGGAUGAGGAGGGGGCACUGUUAGUGUGACGACCCUGGAUAUGUAAAUUUGAUUGCCAUGGGGGUCCCGGGACAUGCAACCCCGAGAAAAUUUGGUAUUUUGGAUGUUCAAAUAUGGUAUUUCCAGCUUUCUGAACACAAUACCAUGGUAAACCCGCGGCCGUUGUGUACUAAAGCUUGAAAACAGCCAAAUCUUAACUAAAAAUGACACUUUUUAUAAUGUUCUUCGAUGCCACCCUCCCCUAGAAAUCCAUCUAGUUCCGACCUUCUUGCUUUGUUUUUUUACUGUCUUGGAAAAAGAUUCUUGAUUGGUUGGUAGCAACAGCAAUAAGGACACUCGUGUAAGUUGAGACAAACUUCAAAACACUUAUAUCAAAGUUUGGUUUUAACUGUAUUUAUGAUGUUGGUAUCUACCAUUGGUUUCAGUCGGAAAUCUUCGCUUCCUUUCGGACAAAACAAAAUAUGGACGAGUGUGCUGGACAUGAUAGAAACACGUCGAAUUGUUCUGGACUUCCAGACAAUGUGUAAAUGUUAAUCAAAUUGUACAAGUAUAUAUUUAUUUUGUUGGUGUGGAUUAUGGUAUUUUAUGAAUGAAAAUCUUCAUUUAUCUAAUUAUUUCGUGAGCCAUUAUGUAUUUAAAUAUGCAUACAAGCUUAAAUGCUGAAUUUACAAAGCCCGUUUUAGUCUUACACAUAUGCAACUACAUACAUUAACAAGGCUUAAACUCCUGUGUUUUAGAAGAGGAAAAAAAAAACAGGCUUGGUAAAAUCGGCCUGUCGUUGUAAGUAUUAUGUUUGUGUACUAGAUAGUGGAGCAGGCCUCCCUAUCAUGUAAAUUAUUAAAGUAUAACUCACUCUUA